CGCUAAAAGGGCCGUGAGUGGUGGAAGAAAGUGUGCUAUUACUGUUAACAAGCGAGUUCAACAGACUGAGCAGCGGAGAUCGAGAAUCGUUGUCUUCUUCUUCUUCUUGAGAGCCUCCCAAGUCCAAAUCUUUAACCCUACUCUCUCUCUUUAUCUCUCCAUUUUGUCUGAAUCUCCCGGAUCUCGUCCUCCACGUUUCUCAAGAUCCACGUAUGAGCUCUCUUUUGAUCGGUGAAAACAGAUGGGAGCUGAGAAGAAAUGGCUAUUCACUCUCUUCUCUGUAGUCUUCCUCUCCGCCUUCCUCCUCUUACUACUCUACUCUCUCUCUGCUUUCACCUCUAAGCCUUUCCCUUCCCCUAUCCGUCACGGCCCUCAUCACCCGCCAGCUUUCGCUUACUACAUAACCGGAGGUUGUGGAGACGGUGACCGGAUCUUUCGGUUGCUCCUCGCGGUUUACCACCCUAGGAACCGGUAUCUUCUCCAUCUCGGCGCUGAAGCUACUGAAGCAGAGAGGCUAUCUCUUCUCUCCCGCUUGAAAACUGUUCCUGCAGUGAACGCCUUUGGGAAUGUUGAUGUGUUGGGGAGAGUUGAUCGUCUCUCUGACAAUGGCGCUUCUAAAACGGCUUCCACUCUCCACGCCGUGUCUAUCUUGUUGAAGCUUGGUCGCUCUUGGAACUGGUUCAUUGAGCUUAGCGCCUUGGAUUAUCCCCUCAUUACUCAAGACGACCUGUCUCAUGUGUUUGCCUCGGUGAACAGAAGCAUCAACUUCAUUGAUCAUACUAGUGAUCUUUCUUGGAAAGAAUCUCAGAGAAUCAAGCCUAUUGUUGUGGAUCCAGCACUAUACUUAGCCAGAAGAACACAGCUCUUCACUGCUACCGAGAAGCGACCAACACCAGAUGCUUUCAAAGUCUUCACAGGCUCGCCGUGGAUCGUACUAAGCAGAUCUUUCUUGGAGUAUUGCAUCUUCGGUUGGGACAAUCUACCAAGAACCCUCCUCAUGUACUUCAACAACGUGAUCCUCUCUGAAGAAUGCUACUUCCACACUGUUAUCUGCAACGCUCCCGAGUUUAGUAACACGAUAGUCAACGGUGACUUGCGUUACAUGAUAUGGGACAGUCCGCCGAAGAUGGAGCCACACUUCCUCAGCGUAUCGGAUUACGAUCAGAUGGCUCAGAGCGGAGCAGCUUUCGCUAGGCAGUUCAAGAAAGACGAUCCGGUUUUGGACAUGGUUGACAGACAGAUCUUGAAACGGGGACGUUACAGGGUGACUCCUGGAGCUUGGUGCGCGAGGAGCCAUAGUAGCUGGUGGACUGAUCCUUGUUCGGAGUGGGGUGAUGUGAACGUUGUUAAAGGUGGACCUCAGGGUAAGAAGCUUGAUGAGACGGUAACGAAUUUUCUUGAUGAUUUGAGUUCAGAAACUAAUCAGUGCAAGUGAAGAAGGAGAAUGGUGGGGAGUGUUGGAAUCAGUUAUACACACGGACACGAUACGAGUUUACAAUGUUUUAAUGUCUGUAAUGGUUUUAAUUCUUUGACGGCUGAUUGUAUUUAUAAAGCGGCUGGUAGAUUUCAUUAGUUGUCGUCUACCUUCUUGUAUCUGUAUUCGUAACUUCCUUCAUAAACAUAAUGGUCUUCUUAGUU